GCCAUUCCACCGUCCCAUUGCCUUCUCUCUCCUCUCUCUUUGCCCAUUUUCUAUCUCCAUCUUUUCUCAAUCAUUUCUGUUCUUUUCUGGGAAAUAUAAAUCGUUUUUGUUGUCCCAGGAAAAAUAAAAAAGAAAUGUUUGAUUUUGGAGAUGAACUGACUGUUGAAAGCUACAGAAUCCCAUGGCUGAUAUGGGUCCAGGUCUUGGUGAUAUUUCUCCUUAUUCUCCUUCUUUAUUGCUUCACUAUCAUUUCUUUAGAUCCCACAGACUCUUGUUCCUCUUCUUCUUCAAGUCAGAAUACCCACAUAGAAAACAAGCGAUUUCCCAAGCACAGCACGGCUUCAACGGUUGUUACAAAUCGAUUACAAAAUACCCAGGUUGGGGCAAACCAGAGUAUAAAAGGAGAGAUAGCGGCGGGAACAAGCAGAAGAGUAGUAGUGAGAAGAGGAGAAGAGAUUAAUGCAGAUAGGGAAGACCAGUACGCUGCAGGAAUCAACAUAUAUUUCCAUCCUUGCUAUUACGUUCGCCUUGCAAGAACAGCGUUCCUCAAGUGUUUGGGGUUGGAUUCCGCCUCCGAAAAUUCCUCGAACCAACAAGGAAAAAAGAAGAAAGAACAAUGAGAUAUGAGCAUUGCCCUUCACAGAUCAGAAAAAGAAUUUUCAUGUUCAGCUUGCUGAACGCCCUCCUAAAAUUGGGGGCCCCCACCACCAAUAGCACAGUCUAUUCAGGGUUUGUAAAAUAGUUGAAUUCGGCCCGGAAAAUGCAAGAGAGAAAGAAAAAUUGUGACAUGAGGCAGGAAUCUUAAAGAGCCAUUCAAGAAGAAAGCAGUGCACAACAGGAACAUCUACAAAGUCGAGCACUGCCACAAGUUGGUUCAUUCUGUGUCAAUUGUAAAAAUCAACCCAGUUUGUGGCAAAUUGAGAUAGUUCAGGUGAUCAGUUGAAAUUUUUAAGUGGUGUCAAAUGGCUCAUAAUAUCUCACUGAACUGAAGCAAUGGUCAAGACAAUGAGAUGGAAAUUGUAUUUUACAAAUUCAAGAUGGAAAUUGAACUUCUGAAUUAUUGAAAAGAAGAUGGGCUGGAUUAUGAGCCCUGGACAUUUUAUGAGAA